AUGACGUGCUCACCAUUCCUCCUUGGUGGAGUUAUCAAUGAGCAUCUCAACACUUGGGAAAGUCAUCACCCCGAGCUGAUUAAAGAAAUUCGUGAUGGUCUAUAUGUUGACGACCUAAUGACCGGUGGCGAGACCGUCGAGCUCACUGCAGUGAAGAAAGUAAUCACCACAGAAGUGUUUAAAGACGCCACAUUCACCAUUCACAAAUGGCACUCUAACGCCUCAGAACUAGAAACAACCAGUGGCACAUCAUCUGAAGAGUUGUCCUAUGCUAAACAGCAACUUGGAGGAACAAAACCCUCAGAAGGCAAACUGUUAGGCCUUCCCUGGAAUAGAGAAGAAGACACGAUUAGCGUCAUCAUCCAGAGCGACCAGACCAAAACGACCAAGAGAGGAGUGCUGUCUCACCUAGCCAAAAUCUAUGACCCUCUGGGACUAGUGUCACCGGUAACACUUAUUGGCAAACAGCUCUACCGCGACAUUUGUGACAGCAAAGUACCUUGGGAUACUCAACUUCCAGGACCGUUGCUGAAAUGCUGGAAGGACUGGAACAAGACACUAACCGAGAAUUUCACAGCCCAGCGAGCACUUGCUCCCUUCCACCAACCGAUUUUGAGCGUCACAUUACACGCAUUUGGUGAUGCUAGUACAAAGGGCGUCAGUGCUGCAGUCUACGCUGUGGUCCAUCAAGAUCAAGGCGUCACUCAGCAACUAAUUUGCGCGAAGUCAAGACUCGCAAAGAAGUCCCUAACGAUACCAAGACUCGAGCUUGUUGCAGGUCAUAUGGCCGUUAACUUGGUAGCCAACAUACAAGCAGCCUUAAGUGUCCAACCAUACAGCACCCAUUGCUGGCUUGACUCAACCGUGGCACUCUACUGGAUCAAAGGUCAAGAGGAGUAUCGGCAAUUCGUAUCAAACCGAGUGAACAAGAUCCAACAACACGGGUACGUCAGUUGGCAUCACGUCCCAACCGAAGACAAUCCAGCAGACCUGGAGAGUCGAGGAGGGAAUGUGGUCAACAACAACCUCUGGAAUCAUGGUCCAACCUGGCUUAGCGAUACUGCAAAUUGGCCACCUGACAUAAUACUCGAACCUACGCCCGAAACCAUGACUGAAGCCAAAGUGAAACGAGAAGUUCUCUCUGUUGCCGUUCCCAAACAAGAUGCUCUACACCACGUACUUAUUAACCACUCAUUACCAAGAGGUCUACGAAUUGGAGCUUGGGUCUGGCGAUUUGUUCAUAACUGCAGAGGAAAGCCACUGAAAAGAAGGAGUGGUCCAAUCAACACUGAAGAGAUUCAACAACAAGAGCUUUUUUGGAUCAAACAAGCCCAACAAUCGGCGCUCCAGCUAGCCAAUUUUGAAGAAGACAGACUGCAGUUAAACCUUCAGUACAACGAUCAGAAGGUCUUAGAAUGCCGAGGACGUAUCAUGGGAGAAUAUCCGAUCUAUCUUCCAGAUGAGCAUCCCUUCACUGCAAAGUUGGUCUUUAAUGCCCACCUUUCCACCCUGCAUGGAGGGGUUGGGCUCACCAUGGCAAAGAUACGCGAGAAAUACUGGAUACCCCGUCUACGACGCCUAGUAAAGAAGCUAAGAGGUAGCUGCUACGGGUGCAAAAGAUUCCGAGCCAGAGCCUACCAAGCACCACCGCCAGGGAAUCUACCCCGAACCAGAACAGAAGGUUCAAGGCCCUUUCAAGUGAUAGGAGUUGACUUCGCAGGACCAAUACGCUACACGUCUAGAGCCAAAACCGAAAGCAAGGCCUAUUUGGUGUUGUAUGCUUGCAGCCUGACCAGAGCAGUUCACCUUGACCUGUCAAAAUCCCUGGAAACGUCAGAGUUCAUAGCGAGCCUCAAGCGGUUCAUAGCCCGAAGAGGGAGACCGGAAAUGAUCUAUUCCGACAAUGGAUCCACUUUCAAGGCCGCCGAGAAAUGGUUACUACAGGUGCAAAAAGAGGAAAGGUUCCAUGAGAUCCUAGCUGACCUGGCAAUUAAGUGGCGUUUCAACCUGAGUCGCGCCCCAUGGUGGGGAGGUCAAUUCGAACGCCUUAUUGGCCUAUUCAAAGGUGCCUUCUACAAAACCAUUGGCAAUGGGACUCUCCACUGGCCUGAAUUGGAAGAAGUAGUACUUGACGUCGAAGUAGCGCUCAACAACCGCCCCUUGAGCUACCUCGAAGACGACAUCCAGCUUCCAGUGCUGACGCCCAACUCCAUGCUGAGCAUCAACCCAAAUUACCUCCCAGAACUACAAGCACACCAUGCACCAGAAGACGAUCUGAGGAAAGGGCUAAAUUUCUAUUGA